GAAACACUUUGUCUCGUGUCUCACGCCCACUUUGAGAUGUGUGUGUAACUUUAAGUGCCAAAGGAAAAUCAGGUCAGUGAGAGAGGAGAGAGAAACAUGAGUUAGAGGAAAGGAGGAAUGUUGGGAAGACGGACAGAGGAAUGAAGAGAAAACCCUCGGCCCUUGAACGACAGUAACAAGUGGUCACUUGAGUAAUCACUGGUGAUUCUGAGAGAAAUACACGUUCCCUACAAUGGCGAGCCUUCCCAAAGAGCUGCUGGAGGACGCCAAGAAGCAGAGCUUCUGGAUGCCAGGGAACUACGUGCGUACGGUGCACCGGACGGAGCGAUCCUUCCAGGCCUGCAGCGACAUCGUGGCCUGCUUCACGGAGAGGGCCCGGGUGGAGCGGCAGUACGCCCAGCAGCUCAGCCAGUGGGGCAGCAAGUGGAAGUCCAUCGUGGAAUCUCGGCCACUUUAUGGCUCCCUCAUGAGGGCAUGGCAAUGUUUCUUCACCUCCACCGAGCGGCUGUCCGCCCUCCACUCCUCCAUCUCUCAGGCCCUCGUGGAGGAGGAAGGCGGCCGUGUGAAAACCUGGCAGAAGGAGAUCUUUCCCAAGAAAAUCUUUUGUGGGUUCAAGGAGAGCCACAACAACAACACAAGCUUUUCCCGUGCGCAGAAACCGUGGUCCAAAAAGCUGAUGAAGCUGGAGAAGACCCGCGUUGCGUAUCACAAGUCCUGUCAAAGGGAGCAGACCGCCCUCGACAAAGAAAAACAAGCUAACGAAAACUCUGAGAUGAGUCCUGAGAAGAAGCAGAAAAUCACAGAGGCCAGAGAGAAGGUCACAGGGGAGAAACAAGAGAUUAGAGACCGCUAUGAGAAAAUGCUGGAGGACGUGUCGACCUAUACGCCUCGCUACAUGGAGGAGAUGGAGGCCAUUUUUGAAGAGUCGCAGGAGGAGGAGAGGAAGAGGAUCAGCUUUCUGAAGCAGGCCUUCCUCUCCAUCCACAGACAUCUCGACAUCACCAACAAUGAGAGUGUGAAGGCGGUGUACAGCGAGCUCCACCAGACGCUGAUGGCCAUCGAGGAGCAAGAGGACCUGAAGUGGUGGAAGAACCACCACGGGCCCGGCAUGCCCACCGACUGGCCGAGGAUCAACGAAUGGGUCCCACCAGUUAAAAAGCUAAACAGGAAAAAAAGAGACCAGAAGAUAAAAAGAGAGAAUCGACCUGUGAUGAUCGGGGGUGUGAAGGUGCAGGCGAUGUACGACUACGUGGGAGAGGAGGGCGACGAGCUGUCCUUUAGAGCAGGGGAAGUGUUCCUGAAGGUGGAGGAGGAGGACGACCAGGGCUGGUGCCGAGGCGUCCUGAGCGGAGGCCGGGAGGGAUUCUACCCGGCCAACUACGUGGGCGUGGCGGAGUGACUCCUCCGUGGCGACUCGGCCUCAACGUCCAUUUCUUACAAAGAGUCAGUUACAAAUCUUCCAAAAAUAACAAAUAUUGUUAUAUAGUUUAGUUUGUAACACAGAUAUAAUCUGUUCCCAGCCGCUUGGAAAUGUACCAUUUGUUCCGUUUUAAUCUUCUAAACGACGUUGGUUUGAGUGCUUCUGCCACCUGAAGUAUCUCAGUGCUGUUCAUCUGUCUGUGUGCGACUGUGUUGUUCAUCUGUCUGUGUGCGACUGUGUUGACGCACAACCGAAGAUGAUGAAGAACCGUGGGUCGACCCGGCACAGGUCACACUGACGGAGCUCACACACCUCAUGUUUACUUCAGGAGUAUUACGCAGACACACAGAGUUACUUUGUUACCUUUGACUGAGGGAACUGAUUUUCAAAAUAAAAGUGUCAUUGUUUCGCCUCUAA